AUGGUUAAAAAUAGAAAUAAAACAGAAAUUAAUGAUAUAAUUAGAAAUUACUUGGCUAUGCUAUUUGAUCUUUAUAAUAUACAAACAAUGCAACUAAGAUGUUCUAUAUCUCAAGAAAACAUGUCUCUAUCUUCUACUUCUAUUGUUUCUUUAUUAUAUUCGGUACCAAAAAUUCCUGCCAAUGCCUUAGCUCAAAAAAGAGCAGCAGAUAAAAUAAAAAAUACUAAGAAAAAGUUUUUAGAAUUUGAACAAAUAUAUAAAAUCACAACUGAUCCCCAGCUUCUCUAUAAUAUUUGUGAAAAAAUAGAGAAUAUUUGA